UGUUUGUUGUUGCUGACUUCACUCAGGUUUGCGCGUUGCUCCGCAAAAGGAUCCAGCCGGAGCUUUGUUAACUUUAAUUAAAUGCUGCGUUUACAUGUUUAGAUAAACUUUUGAAGAUUAUAUAUAAUUGUUAAGUAUUUUAAUGAUCAUAAUUUGCAGGCGGCGCGUACAAACAUUUCAUUUUUAAUAAAUCUGGACCUCACAACUGACUCGAGCCAUGGCUGGCAGUAGCAUAGCGAUGAAGACAUGGGAGCUGUCAAACAGCAUGCAGGAAGUUCAAAGUAUUGAUGAAAUAUACAAAUAUGACAAAAAACAACAACAAGAGAUUCUGGCUGCCAAACCUUGGACUAAAGACCAUCAUUAUUUUAAAUACUGCAAAUUAUCGGCGUUGGCACUGUUGAAGAUGGUGAUGCAUGCCAGAUCGGGAGGAAAUCUGGAAGUGAUGGGACUUAUGUUGGGGAAAGUGGACGGAGAAACGAUGAUCAUCAUGGACAGUUUUGCUCUGCCCGUGGAAGGCACUGAAACUCGAGUUAAUGCUCAAGCUGCAGCCUAUGAAUACAUGGCUGCCUAUAUAGAGAAUGCCAAACAGGUGGGCCGGUUGGAGAAUGCCAUAGGAUGGUACCACAGUCACCCAGGAUACGGCUGCUGGCUCUCGGGCAUAGAUGUCAGCACUCAAAUGCUUAACCAGCAGUUUCAAGAGCCGUUUGUCGCAGUUGUCAUUGAUCCCACGAGGACUAUAUCUGCGGGAAAGGUCAAUCUUGGAGCUUUCAGAACAUAUCCGAAGGGUUACAAGCCACCAGACGAGGGUCCGUCUGAAUACCAGACGAUACCACUUAACAAGAUUGAGGAUUUUGGAGUGCAUUGCAAACAGUACUAUGCGUUAGAAGUGUCUUAUUUUAAAUCUUCACUGGACCGCAAACUUCUAGAGCUCCUCUGGAAUAAAUAUUGGGUCAACACUUUAAGCUCCUCCAGCCUACUAACAAAUGCAGACUACACCACUGGACAGGUGUUUGAUCUGUCUGAGAAGCUGGAACAGGCAGAAGCUCAGCUGGGAAGAGGCAGUUUCAUGCUGGGCUUAGACACACAUGAUAGGAAAUCUGAGGAUAAACUAGCCAAGGCAACACGAGACAGCUGCAAAACAACCAUUGAGGCGAUUCAUGGUUUAAUGUCCCAGGUUAUCAAAGAUAAACUCUUCAAUCAAGUGAACACAUCUAACUAAACUUGAGAGGAACUGAUGUAGGAUGACCUUAUGUUGUGUUUGCUUAUUUACGUAACAUAUUCUCUUCAAUAUGGUUCUGUUUUGAAAGACAAAGUAAUUCGUCUGUAGGAAUCUAUUCAUGCAAUGUUCAGCCAAUGUUUGCAUCACUUGUCAUAUGUUGUAAAACAAUAAAUCGUGUUCACGUUCAUUAGUUAA